AUGUCCAGGAGAGCAGAUUCUCCCCCUGCCUGCCCCUGCUGCUGAGCCCAGGCCUGGCUGAGACGUUCCUGCAGGGAUCCCAGCUGGAUUUCCUUCCCCUGAGAGGAAUCCCGGAUGUUUCUGGAGCAUCCCUGGAGCAUCCAGAGCCUCCCCAGGUCCAUGGCAGCACAUCCCUGAGGGGCCCAGCCCUUCCCAGUCCAUCCCAGCCCGUGGGACAGGCGGAUCCUGGAGCUGCUCCCCGCGCUGGGCAGCGCCUGGGCAGCCAGGGGGACAGCGGGGACAGUGACAGUGGCACUGAGCAGGAGGCAGCAGCCCCCCGGGGCAGGGCGGAUCCGGCACACCCAGCUCCAGAGGAGGGGCUGGCAAAGGGGCUGGAGCAGCCCUGGAGCACAGCUGGGAAGGAUGGACACUGCUCUGGACACUCCUGUGGUCACUCCUCCCAGGACAGUGAUGGCCCAGCUGCUGGCUCUGAGCUGUCAGAGGGGAGCAAGGAGUCCCCAGGGCAGGGGGAAUCCUCCUCCUCCUCCUCCUCCUCCUCCUCCUCCUACACAACUGCACUGACCAAAUUCUCGGAGAAAAGUGAAAGGGGUGUGCAGCAGGAGAAGGUGAAGGUGCUGGGGAGUGCAGCAGCAGCCCUGGAGAAGGGAAAGAAGGUGCCUGAGCUUGGCUGGUCGGAUAACUUCUCUGAUGGCCUGAGGAGAGGCCGUGCCAAAAUCUCGGGUGCUCAAGAUGUUCUUUGUGCAGCAGCUUCUGAGGCAGGCAGGGGAAGGCUGCAGGAGCCUGGGGUGCAGCCCAGGGGCUCCCAGGGGCUCCCAGCUGCUCCUGAGGAGCUGCAGCAAGCUCUGCUGGACCACCAGCAGCCAGCAGGGAAGCUGGGGACAGAGGGGCUGGUCCCUGCUGGGACACCCAGCCAGCCCCAGGACACUGCUCCAUGCCCUGGGCAUUCCCCAGAGCCUGCAGGGAGCAGGGAUGAGCUGACUGGCUCUGACUGCUCCAUAGAGAGGGGACACAAAGCCACAGAGAUCUCCCCUUCCUUCAGCCUGGGGGGUGAGGGCUCCUUCUCCCUGCACCUGGCUCAUCCCAACUUCCAGUCCACUCCAGGGGUGCUCCUCAAGAGAGCUGGGAAGGCAGAAGGACCUGCUGGAGUCCUGGUGAUCCCUUCGGACCUUCAAGGCUCUCCUUCCUGUCCCAGUGAAGAAGCCCCAGGGAAGUCCCCUGUCCCUGGAUCCCCUGGAGAGCAGCACCCUCCCCAGAGUGCUGUGGAAGAGACCUGUGGGCGUUUGGAGUCCUUGAGGCUGGAGUCCCCCUGCCCUGGCAGGGUGCAGUCCUUCCCUUUGCUGGGGCUCCAGGAGCAGCUGGAGUCCCCCUGCCCUGGCAGGGUGCAGUCCUUGCCCUCGCUGGGGCUCCAGGAGAAGGGAGAAUCCCCCUGUCCUGGCAGGAUGCAGUCCUUCCCCUCCCUGGGGCUCCAGGAGAAGGGAGAAUCCCCCUGCCCUGGCAGGGUGCAGUCCUUGCCCUCGCUGGGGCUCCAGGAGAAGGGAGAGUCCCCCUGCCCUGGCAGGAUGCAGUCCUUCCCCUCCCUGGGGCUCCAGGAGAAGGGAGAAUCCCCCUGCCCUGGCAGGGUGCAGUCCUUGCCCUCGCUGGGGUUCCUGGAGAAGGGAGAAUCCCCCUGCCCUGGCAGGGUGCAGUCCCUCUCCUCGCUGGGGUUCCUGGAGAAGGUGGGAGCCUGGGAGGUGGGCCAGCCUCUGCAGGGUCCUGCUGCCACCAGCUCCCGUGUGCCAGGUGGAUCUCCUCCUGCAAGGACGGCCUGCAGUGCGUCUCCCAGGGCUUCAGGCUGUGUUUCAUCAGCCCAGAAAAGCCCUGGGGACCCCGAGGGCCGUGCUGCCCCUGCUCUGAGCAGGUCGCAGUCUGACAGCACCGUGGACGUUCCCAGCAGCAGCAGCAGAGCCCUGCCUGCAGUGAGCCCUGCAGCAGAGGGCACGGGGGAGCCCCCGGGGCAGGAGAGCCCUGCUCUGGGGGCCUCUGACAGCUCCACCCCACCGAAGGUGCUGCCUGCACCUCGUGCUGAAGGUGUGCACAGCACCACGAGGCGAAGCUCGGCCCCAGACGUGUUUGUGUCCAGGGCUGCUCAGCUCCUUCAGAAGGACAGGAGCUCCCCAGCUGAGGAGCACCAGGACUGUGAGGAGAAGGGAAAUCAGCCCCUCAGCCUCAGUAUUCCCUCUGGUCACGACGUCAUGGACAGCUUUGGAGCCGCCCUGUCCCAGUGCAGGAGGGAGAAGGGAGAAUCCCCCUGCCCUGGCAGGGUGCAGUCCCUCUCCUCGCUGGGGUUCCUGGAGAAGGUGGGAGCCUGGGAGGUGGGCCAGCCUCUGCAGGGUCCUGCUGCCACCAGCUCCCGUGUGCCAGGUGGAUCUCCUCCUGCAAGGACGGCCUGCAGUGCGUCUCCCAGGGCUUCAGGCUGUGUUUCAUCAGCCCAGAAAAGCCCUGGGGACCCCGAGGGCCGUGCUGCCCCUGCUCUGAGCAGGUCGCAGUCUGACAGCACCGUGGACGUUCCCAGCAGCAGCAGCAGAGCCCUGCCUGCAGUGAGCCCUGCAGCAGAGGGCACGGGGGAGCCCCCGGGGCAGGAGAGCCCUGCUCUGGGGGCCUCUGACAGCUCCACCCCACCGAAGGUGCUGCCUGCACCUCGUGCUGAAGGUGUGCACGGCACCAGGAGGCGAAGCUCGGCCCCAGACGUGUUUGUGUCCAGGGCUGCUCAGCUCCAGAAGGACGGGAGCUCCCCAGCUGAGGAGCACCAGGACUGUGAGGAGAAGGGAAAUCAGCCCCUCAGCCUCAGUAUUCCCUCUGGUCACGACGUCAUGGACAGCUUUGGAGCCGUUUCCUUGGAGAGUCUGAAUUUUCCUGAUGGUCCAGGGGAGCCUCAGGGGGCCCUGGUGGUGCCCAGGCCCUGUCCCAGUGCAGGAGGGGACAGCCCCAUGCCCCCUGGAGCAGCCCUGGAGACUCCCAAGAAGGAAGAGUUGAAUAUUGAAGAAAGGAUCCCGGUGUACCUGCGCAGGCUGGGCAUCGAGCAGUCCCCGGGCACCCUGCUGGCCCCCUUCGUGCCCCCCGCGCCCCUCCCGGAGCUGGAGUUCUCCCCCUGGCAGCCCCGGAGCCUGCAGCCCCCGCUGGGCGCGCUGGCCUGGGCCCCCCCGCCGGCUCAGGGUGCAUUGCUGCCAGCCUUUGAGAUGUCCCAGGCCAGCUUUGACUCGGACGUGUCCCCUCUGAGCGUGUCCCUUGCCGUGGGCUCCGAGGCUGGCUCGGAGCAGGACCAGGACCUGCUGUCCCCCCGGGAGCUCCUUGGGGACCCCCCAUCCAGCCAGGGCAGCGUGGCAGGCCCCCAGCUGGAGCAGGCUGCCCCAGGUGGUCCAGCCCGGGGUGCAGAGGGGUCCCCUGGAUGCUCUGGGGCACAGCAGGACCUGCCCAGCUGCUCCUCGGGCCGGGGUCCCCGGGCUGGGGGGAGAGGGGCUCAGGGUGCCCCUGCUGAGCCGGGGUCCAGCAGCUCGGGCAGCAGCCAGCAGGGAUGGGCUGUGGGGGCUUUGCCUGGGGCUGGGAGUGAGAUGGAAUUGGACAGGGCAUCCUCGAGCUCCGGGGUGGGAAGUGAGAGCAGCCAGGGCCAGGAAAGGGAGUCCCUGCUGGGACCUGGGGUGCUGCAGGAGCUCCGGGAGCUGCUGGCACAGGUGGAGGGUCUCACUGCCAGCUGCAGCCGUCCUGCUUGCCCCACAGCCUCCUGCAGGGAGCCUGGGGAGUCCCCCCCGGGGCUGGCUGGGAGGGAGGAGGAUCCCAAGGAUUCCAGGUUGGGCCAGGAGUGGAUCCCCGAGCUGCAGAAGAGACUGUCGUGGGAUGAGGCCGUGACCCCAAGGGGUGUGUGGGGACAGGGGCUGGGGAUGCCCCCUCUGGAUUCUGCCAGCUGCCAGCUGGCAUGGGGACACCCUCUGGCUGUCAGUUCCCAGCGCAGGGAAGGGCUGAGGGGAACGGCCCAGGAGCCGAGGCCGGGGAAAUCCGCGGGCAGGUCGGAGCCAGAAGGGUGCAGCAGUGUGACCACGGGGCUGGCACAGGGCACUGCCAGGAUCCGCCUGAGCACUGGCACAGCUCCACAGCUGGGCCAUCCUCCUGCCCCGGAGCCCCCGGGCACUGUCCCCGCUGGCCUGGGGGGCUCCCAGGGCUCCUGGUGCCAGGCUGGGCGGGCAGCAGCGCCACGGGGCAGCCAGGACAGCAGCAGCGGCGAUUCCCUCAGUGCCCGGGUCUGGAGCCUCCUGCGGGAGCCUGGGCGCUGCCAGCAGCCGGGCAGUGCCCCGGGGGCGGUGCAGGGCAGCGUGCCCGCGGCUGGGGCUGCCCGCAGCCCGGCUGGCAGCAGCAGCAGCAGCCGCAGCAGCAGCAGCCGUGACUCGCUGGCUGCCCGUGUCCGCCGCCUCCUGGGCACCGCCGGCUCCGGGGCCCCGGCCAGCCGCAUCCUGCGGAGCGCCGAGGAGCAGGAGAGCAAGAUCCGAGCCUGGGUGAAGCUGAAGCUGGCCAGCCAGUCCCAGGAGUGUGGGGCAGACUGGGAUGAAGAGACCCAGCUCAGGAUGGAGGGACUCAAGGCAGAGCUGCUCCCAAUGAGCAGGGAACCCACACCAGCCAAGGAUCCCUGGCUCUGUGGUUUGGAAGCAGCUUCUGAGCACCUGAGGAAGCAGGAGCAGGACCUGGGGGGUGUCCAGGCUCCCAGGUGUCCCAGGGACAGGCAUGGACAGCUCUCCAGGACUCGGGAGCUCCUCCAGCCCAGCUCCCCACCAGCAGCACCCUUCCCUAGAGCUGUUCCCUGGGAUUGCUCCCUGCUGCAGGACAUGCAGCUGAAACCCUGCAGUGCUGCUGAGAUGAAGGACAUGCAGCUGAAACCUUGGGGUGCUGCUGAGCCCUGGAACACUGCUGACCUGCAGGAUGUGCAGCUGAAGUCUUGGGGUACUGCUGACCUGCAGGACAUGCAGCUGAAGCCCUGGAACACUGCUGACCUGCAGGAUGUGCAGCUAAAGCCCUGCAAUGCUGCUGACCUGCAGGAUGUGCAGUUGAAGCCCUGCAAUGCUGCUGACCUGCAGGAUGUGCAGCUAAAGCCCUGCAAUGUUGCUGACCUGCAGGAUGUGCAGCUGAAGCCCUGCAGUGUUGCUGACCUGCAGGAUAUGCAGCUGAAGCCCUGCAGUGCUGCUGAGCCCUGCCAUGUUGCUGACCUGCAGGACAUGCAGCUGAAGCCCUGGAACACUGCUGACCUGCAGGACAUGCAGCUGAAGCCCUGGAACACUGCUGACCUGCAGGACAUGCAGCUGAAGCCCUGCAAUGCUGCUGACCUGCAGGAUGUGCAGCUGAAGCCCUGGAACACUGCUGACCUGCAGGACAUGCAGCUGAAGCCCUGCAAUGCUGCUGACCUGCAGGAUGUGCAGCUGAAGCCCUGGAACACUGCUGACCUGGAGGACAUGCAGCUAAAGCCCUGCAGUGCUGCUGACCUGCAGGACAUGCAGCUAAAGCCCUGCAGUGCUGCUGACCUGCAGGACAUGCAGCUAAAGCCCUGCAGUGCUGCAGAGCUGCAGGUGCACAGGCAGCAGCCGGCCGUGGGGCACCCCAGUGCCAUGGCAGAGCUCCGUGCCCCUCUGGCACGGGACCCCUGUGCAGGGAGCCCUGCAGCUGCCCCCCGUGCCCACGGGGAGCUGGGCAAGCCAGGCACCCCCAUCACCCUGAGCCCCCAGAGCCUGGCUGGGCUCCUGCCCGGGGAGGAGAGGCUGGGCACAGAGCCCUGGCACAGAGCUCUCAGACAGGGCUGUGCCCCCUGCCCCGUGCUGGCUGGCACUGGGGGUGCUGCCGAGGCUGCUCCUGCCCCUGCUGCCAGGGCUGCAGCUGCAGCUGCUCAGGAAACAGCCCCGCAGCCCGGGGGCACCCACGCCGGGAAGAGACAGACCCUGAGUGCCAAGCAGCCCCAGCUCCUGCCUGCAGCUGUGGCUGAGGGGCACACACAGGGUGCCAGAGCCGGGGGGCUCAGCCAGGAAACGAAGCCAUCCAUUGAACCCCCCCCUCUGAGCCCAUCCCAGCAGGAGGAGAUCCCACCUGGGCACCCCCGGCUCCGGGGGGGCUCAGAGGGCCCGGGUGCAGCUGCACAAAGGGGCUUGCUGAAGGGCCCUGCUGGGGUCACAGCAGAGGGGAGGAAAGGCCCUGACCAGCCACCUCUCGUUCCAGAAGAGGCUGUGAGGGAGCAGAUGGGUCCUGCUCACCCAACACCUGCAGAUGAGGCUUUGUCCACCACGCCUGAGGCUCCCUCAGCACCGGAGGGGAGAAGUGCUGCCCAGCAGCCGUCGCUCCCCAGCAGCCCUGAAGCUCCUGGGAUUGCAGCUCCAUCCCACAAGGAGAUUCCCCCCUUCCCAAGGCAGCCUGCCCAGCCCCUGCUGCUGCCCUACAAGCCCUGGGGAAGCUCUGGCAUGUACUACGUGCCCUUCCAGAAAGCAGGAGGCAGCGUGUCCCCCGGGGAGCCCGAGGCCAGCACAGCCAGCUCCUGCUCAGGCUCAGAGGAUGCUCCUGCUCCAGGGAUCCUGGCCCGAGUGCUGCGUGUGGGGCAUGAGCCCCCUCCAGCCAGGGCAGCUGCCCAGCACAGAGGGACAGGCCAUGGUCACAGGCCUAAGCUGGCCUGGGCUGAGGAGCACAGGGCACCACUGGAACAGUCUGCAGAGCUCCCAGCUGGUUCCUGGCGUGUAGAACCCUCCCGUGGUGUCCCUGAGCCCCGCGCCAUGCCCGCCGGGCACAGCUGCUGCCAGCGUCGCAGAGAGCUCUCCAGAGCCAGGGAUGAACACCCUGCCCGCUGCCAGCGGGCUCCCCGUGCCCCCCAGGGCACAGAGGGGCAGUUCUUCGCCCUCCCUGCAGAGGCUGAUGACAGCAGGAGCGAGGAGCCCAGUGCCAGGGCGUCCUUUGGGCACGGGGCAGCUGGCACGGGGCUGCACCGCGGCGCUGCUGGCGCUGACCCUGGGCCGCGGGGCCCGGCUGCUCACCUGCAGGAGAGCGGGGGGAAGGCACCACGGCAGAGGGGCCACGCCGGGGGCAGCCUGGACGAGCUGUGGGUGAGGUUCCUGCAGCGCCAGGGCACGCAGCAGCAGCUCCGCAGGAACGGCGAGCUGUCCCUCGUGGAGCGCCUGGAUCGGCUGGCCAGGCUCCUGCAGAACCCCAUCAGGCACACCCUGGCACCCACAGCAGCUGGGGAGAAGGUUCCUCAGGAGGAAAUCCAGGGAAGGGAACGGCCAGAAAUCGGGCUGGCAGGAAAAGGCAGCUCUGGGAGCGGCGGGGAGCCGAGGGGAGCGCGAGUGGGACAGAGCCAUGGCAGCAGCAGCCCGGGGGAGCCCAGGGCAGCCAGGCCGGGGCAGAAGGUGAUCCAGCACCUGAGCAGGAUCCUGGAGGAGCAGCAGCACCUGGGGAUCCCCAGUGACAGCUCCUCGGAGACCAGGCUGAGCGGAGAGCCCAGCAGCUGCAGCACCUCGGCGUGGGACACGGGGACCGGGCUGGACACCUCCCCUGCCUCCGGGGACAGCAGCUCCCUGUCCCUGUCCACCAUCGACACGGCCAGGCUGCUCCGGGCCUUCGGGCAGCACAGGCUGGCCCCAAGCACCGACACCCCGAGCCCACAGCUGUCCCCAAGGCUGUCCCCAAGGCUGGCCCAGCUCUACUGUGCCAUCAGCCAGCAGAAGAGGCGCUCCGAGAAGUGGCACGGGCAGAGUGGAGCAGCAGGGGCUGGGGCAUGUCCCCAGGGGGCUGCUCAGAGCCUCGGGAAGCACCAGCAGAGCCAGAGCACCAUCCCCUUCUCCUCGGAUUCCACCUGUGCCAGCAGCAGCUCCUGGGGGCCCAGCUCUGCCCUCAGCCACAAGAGACGGACACGGAUGCUGAGCAAAGGCAUCCAGGCAGGGGACCUGGAGAUCGUCAGCAGUGCCACCAAGAAGAACACCCGGGACGUGGGGGUGACCUUCCCCACGCCCAGGAGCAGCCAGCAGCUGUGGGAGCCCCUGGGACAGGGACAGGGGACAGGGACAGGGACAGGGGGGAGCCUGGCAGCAGCCCCGGGCACUGCCGGGCAGGCUCCGGACAGACACACGGACCAGGAGGAGCAGGCUGCACUUCCAGCAAGGGACUCCAUGGCUCGUCCCAGCAGAGGGCCUGGAAUGUGAGUCGAGGAAGGAAAACCAGUGCAGUGCCACUCCUGGCCCUGGGCCAGCCUGGUUUGAGCCCUGGAGCAGCACAAAGCCCUGGAGAGAGCCCCUGCGGGAGAGGAACUGGGAGGAGCAGCCCAGCCUGGGCCAGGGAGCCGCGACAGCC